CUGCGUGUCGACCAGCAGCCCAUCCGAGCCCGAAUGUGUGGUUUUGGCGACAAGGACCGACGCCCCAUCACUCCGCCUCCUUGCAUCCGCCUCAUCGUAUGCGAUGCCGCAACUGGACAGGAGAUUGACUGCAACGACAUCGACACCACCUUCAAUGUGCUUGUCGUCGACCUCUGGCACGAGGACACCCAGCGCGGCGCGUGCAAUCUUGUGCGCCACAGCAGCGCUGCACCAACUGUCAGUAUCUCCAGCAGCGUGACAACCUCGUUCCCUCCGCCGCCAGACCGCCCCAUGUUCUUGCCCCAGGUGCAGUACAAUGCCUACGGCCAGCCAGUGCCCGCGCCGCACCCCUACGCCCAGCCCCAGUACUACGGCGGACAAGCCCCCCCUGGGUUCCCGGCGCCCUACGGCGCAAACUAUGGCCAGCCAGCCGUUCCUGCGCAGAGUUCCAGUUCGAACCACACGCGUAACCUGAUUGGCCAGACGUCUGUCAACGCCUUCAAGCUCAACGACCCAGAAGGCAAGCCGGGCUUCUGGUUUGUCCUGCAGGAUCUCUCGGUGCGCACCGAGGGCACGUUCCGACUGAAGUUCAUGAUCUUCAACAUCGGCAGCGGCGACAACCCCAGCAGCAUCCUCGCCCACGCCGAGAAGACGCCCAUGCUCGCCUCGUGCUUCUCGGACCCUUUCACCGUGUACUCGGCCAAGAAGUUCCCCGGCGUCAUCGAGAGCACCACGCUCAGCAAGUGCUUCGCCCAGCAGGGCAUCAAGAUCCCUAUCCGUAAGGACGGACCGCGCACCCUUGCCAACCAGUCCGAGUAUGAUAAUGAUGACUGA